CGGCCAGAUCAGCCUUCAAACUAGGGUUUACUCCCGCUCCGAGAAAGCCAACAGCGUAGCUCCGCCGGCUCCCUCCACGCUUUAGCUCCGCCGCCGCCGCCUCCCUCCGUCCCUCCGCCAGGACCGGCAAGAUGAAGCUCGUCAGGUUCUUGAUGAAGCUGAACAACGAGACGGUCACCAUCGAGCUCAAGAACGGCACGGUGGUCCACGGCACCAUCACAGGUGUUGACAUAAGCAUGAAUACUCAUCUGAAGACAGUGAAGCUUACACUGAAAGGGAAGAAUCCUGUGACCCUUGACCACCUAAGUGUGCGAGGAAACAACAUUCGCUAUUAUAUUCUUCCGGACAGCUUAAACCUGGAAACUUUGCUCGUGGAGGAAACCCCAAGAGUCAAGCCUAAGAAGCCAACUACAGGAAAGCCUUUGGGCCGUGGUCGCGGCCGUGGUCGUGGACGUGGUCGGGGCCGGGGGCCGCGCUGAGCUCCAUUGUUCCCUUUUCUGUCAGCUCUCUCGCAUGGCAAGUUUCCCAUACAAUGUAACCUCUUGCCCCUGCACGCGAUGUGAAAGAAUGUUGCAUUGUUACCCUUCUGAUGAAUGCGGACCUAAUAUCUCAAUCUCUGUA